AAAGACAGACUGCGGGGCGCCUGGAAACCGGUCCGAGGGCGCGCGACGGAGAGGAGAGGGAGCGAGUUGAGGGAUUGACACAAAUGGUCAGGCGGCGGCGGCGGAGAAGGAGGCGGAGGCGCAGGGGGGAGCAGAGCCCGCUGGGCUGCGGAGAGUUGCGCGCUCUACGGGGCCGCGACCACUAGCGCGGCGCCGCCAGCCGGGAGCCACCGAGCCGAGGGCCAGGAAGGCGGGACACGACCCCGGCGCGCCCGAGCCACCCGGGUUCUCCCCGCCGCCCUCGCUUCAUGAAUCGCAAGUUUCCGCGCCGGCGGCGGCUGCGGUACGCAGAACAGGAGCCGGGGGAGCGGGCCGAACGAGGCUUGGGCUCGACGGAGGGCACCGGCUCAGUGGUUUCCCUGGCCGCAGGGGGAGCCGCCGCCGGCCGUGCCCCUGCCAGCCCCAGCGGAGCGGCACCAAGAGAGGAGCAGAGAAAGUAUGGCUGAGGAGGAGGCGCCUAAGUCCUGGGCCGCCGGCGGCGGCGCGAGCUGGGAACUUUGUGCCCGGGCGCUCUCCACCCGGCUGGCGGAGGAGGGGAGCGGGGACGCCGGUGGCCACCGCCGCCCCCCAGCUGACCCCCGGCGGUUGGCGCGCCAGCUGCUGCUGCUGCUUUGGCUGCUGGAGGCUCCGCUGCUGCUGGGGGUCCGGGCGCAGGCGGCGGGCCAGGGGCCAGGCCAGGGGCCCGGGCCGGGGCAGCAACCGCCGCCGCCGCCGCCUCAGCAGCAGCAGAGCGGGCAGCAGUACAACGGCGAGCGGGGCAUCUCCAUCCCGGACCACGGCUAUUGCCAGCCCAUCUCCAUCCCGCUGUGCACGGACAUCGCGUACAACCAGACCAUCAUGCCCAAUCUGCUGGGCCACACGAACCAGGAGGACGCGGGCCUCGAGGUGCACCAGUUCUACCCGCUGGUGAAAGUGCAGUGCUCCGCUGAGCUCAAGUUCUUCCUAUGUUCCAUGUACGCGCCCGUGUGCACUGUGCUGGAGCAGGCGCUGCCGCCCUGCCGCUCCCUGUGCGAGCGCGCGCGCCAGGGCUGCGAGGCGCUCAUGAACAAGUUCGGCUUCCAGUGGCCAGACACGCUCAAGUGCGAGAAGUUCCCGGUGCACGGCGCCGGCGAGCUGUGUGUGGGCCAGAACACGUCCGACAAGGGCACCCCGACGCCCUCGCUGCUUCCAGAAUUCUGGACCAGCAACCCCCAGCACGGCGGCGGAGGGCACCGUGGCGGCUUCCCGGGGGGCGCCGGCGCGUCGGAGCGAGGCAAGUUCUCCUGCCCGCGCGCCCUCAAGGUGCCCUCCUAUCUCAACUACCACUUCCUGGGGGAGAAGGACUGCGGCGCGCCCUGUGAACCGACCAAGGUGUACGGGCUCAUGUACUUUGGGCCCGAGGAGCUGCGCUUCUCGCGCACCUGGAUUGGCAUCUGGUCAGUGCUGUGCUGUGCCUCCACUCUCUUCACGGUGCUCACGUACCUGGUGGACAUGCGGCGCUUCAGCUACCCGGAGCGGCCCAUUAUCUUCCUGUCCGGCUGUUACACGGCCGUGGCCGUGGCCUACAUCGCCGGUUUCCUGCUGGAGGACCGGGUGGUGUGUAACGACAAAUUCGCCGAGGACGGGGCACGCACGGUGGCGCAGGGCACCAAGAAGGAGGGCUGCACCAUCCUCUUCAUGAUGCUCUACUUCUUCAGCAUGGCCAGCUCCAUCUGGUGGGUGAUCCUGUCGCUCACCUGGUUCCUGGCGGCUGGCAUGAAGUGGGGCCAUGAGGCCAUUGAGGCCAACUCACAGUAUUUUCACCUGGCCGCCUGGGCUGUGCCGGCCAUCAAGACCAUCACCAUCCUGGCGCUGGGCCAGGUGGACGGCGAUGUGCUGAGCGGAGUGUGCUUCGUGGGGCUCAACAACGUGGACGCGCUGCGUGGCUUCGUGCUGGCGCCCCUCUUCGUGUACCUGUUCAUCGGCACGUCCUUUCUGCUGGCCGGUUUUGUGUCGCUCUUCCGCAUCCGCACCAUCAUGAAGCACGAUGGCACCAAGACCGAGAAGCUGGAGAAGCUCAUGGUGCGCAUUGGCGUGUUCAGCGUGCUGUACACUGUGCCAGCCACCAUCGUCAUCGCCUGCUACUUCUACGAGCAGGCCUUCCGGGACCAGUGGGAACGCAGCUGGGUGGCCCAGAGCUGCAAAAGCUACGCUAUCCCCUGCCCUCACCUCCAGGCGGGCGGAGGCGCCCCACCGCACCCGCCCAUGAGCCCGGACUUCACGGUCUUCAUGAUCAAGUACCUUAUGACGCUGAUCGUGGGCAUCACGUCGGGUUUCUGGAUCUGGUCCGGCAAGACCCUUAACUCCUGGAGGAAGUUCUACACGAGGCUCACCAACAGCAAACAGGGGGAGACUACCGUCUGAGACUCGGAGCUCAGCCCAUGCCCAGGCCUCCGCCAGGGCGCAGCCACCCCUCAAAGCCAGCCCCGUGGAGUUCGUGCCAAGCCGGACAUCUCGAGGCUUCCUCACUAGACAGCUGUUUCGCAGGCUCCCUUGAAUAACUCAGCUCCUGCAAAAGCUUCCGUCCCUGAAGCAAAAGAACACAAGGGCCCGACUGCCAGAGGGAGGAUGGACAGAACUCUUGCCCUCACACUCUGGUACCAGGACUGUUCGCUUUUAUGAUUGUAAAUAGCCUGUGUAAGAUUUUUGUAAGUAUAUUUGUAUUUAAGUGACGACCGAUCACGCGUUUUUCUUUUUCAGAAGUUUUUAAUUAUUUAGGGUGGUUUAACCAUGUGAGGCUUUUCCUUCUUGCUCUUUUCGGAGUAUUGCAGAGGAGCUAAAACUGGAGUGCAACCGCCCAGCGCUCCCGGUCGUCCUCGCGUGCCCCUCCCGCCCUGCCGCGGGUGCUCGCCCGCUGGGCGCCAGCUCCAGGGCCAGUUCAGCACUGCGGGGUGGAACUAGGCUGCGCUGCCGGGGUCACUUCCCGCCUCCUCCUUCUGCCCCCUCCCUUCCUUUCCUGGCUCGGGGUAGGAUCUUACGGUACAGAACUCCACAAAGCUUCCAAAUCUGGAGGUGGGCCCGGGUACAUUCCAGUUCCUCCCUUGCUCAGCGGUGGAUUGCGAAGGCCCAGCCCUUUGACUUCCUGAAGCGGAUUUUUAACUGUCCAGAACUUUCCUCCAACUUCGUGGGGGCGCACGGGUGUGGGCGCUGACAGUCUCAGCCUCCCUCCACGGUCACCUCCAACGCCCAGACACUCCCUACUCCCACCUUAGUUGGUUACAGUGUGAGUGAGAUAACCAAUGCCAAACUUUUUGAAGUCUGAUUUUUGAGGGGUGAGCUCAUUUCAUUCUCUAGUGUCUAAAACCUAGUGCGGGUUUGGCCAGCGUCGCGGAAAGAUGUGGUUACUGAGAUUUGGGAAGAAGCAUGACGCUUAGUGAGGGUUGGAAGAAACUGAAGAUAGGGGUUAUAAAAUGUUAAUUCUAAUUGCAUACGGAUGCCUGGCAACCUGCCUUUAGGAAUGGGACAGCCUGCGCCUAGAUUUUACCGGUCGGUCCGUAAAGUGGAAAUGUUGAGGUCACCUGGAAAGCUUUGUUAAGGAGUUGACGAUCUUUGCUUUCCUUAACAAGACAGCAAAACGUAAACAGAAAUUGAAAACUUGAAGGAGAUUUCAGUGUCAUGGACUUCCUCAAAAUGAAGUGCUGUUUUAUUAUUUUUAAUCAAAUAACGAGGCAUAUAUCAGAAACUUUAAAAUGUAAAAGUUGUACACUUUCAACAUUUUAUUACGAUUAUUAUUCAGCAACACAUUCUGAGGGAGGAAUAAUCCAUAGCACCAGUAAUAACCUGGUAAGAUUUCAGGAGGUAAAGAAGGUGGAAUAAUUGAUGGGGAAGUAGCGCCUGAAAUAAAAUAUGGGCAUGCAUGCUAAAGGGAAAAUGUGUGCAGGUGUACUGCAUUAAAUCCUGUGUGCUCCUCUUUUGGAUUUACAGAAAUAUGUCAAAUGUAAAUCUUUCAAAGCCAUUUAAAAAUACUCACUUUAGUUCUCUGUGAAAAAGAGGAGAAAAGCAGUCCUCUGACUGUAUUGUUUAAAACUUUAAGAAUUUAUCAAAAUGCCGGUACUUAGGACCUAAAUUUAUCUAUGUCUGUCAUACCCUAAAAUGAUAUUGGUCUUUGAAUUUGGUAUACAUUUAUUCUGUUCACUAUCACAAAAUCAUCUAUAUUUAUAGAGGAAUAGAAGUUUAUAUAUAUAUAAUACCAUAUUUUUAAUUUCGCAAAUAAAAAAUUCAAAGUUUUGUACAAAAUUAUGGUUUUUGUGCCUGAAAAUAAUAGAGCUUGAACUGUCUGAACUAUUUUACAUUUUAUAGUGUCUCAUAGCCAAUCCCACAGUAUAAAAAUGCAGGAAUUCAAUGAAAAAAGUCUACCCUUAAACCCUCAGAUUAGUCUUUCCAAAGAAUUACUCUAUUUGCAUUGUUAUGAUUGACAUUUGUGAAGUCCCAAGAAAAGACCUGUUUUCAUGACAGUAGAAAAUAGAAGUUUGCAAAUUAUUUCUUUACUCAGAGAAUUAAAAGAGAAUUCUAAUUUUAA